GUUCCACUCUAGAGCCGAAGAAAACGACUUUAGCAAUUGUUUUGGCCGAUGUGUAAAAAGAAAGAAAAGAAAAGAAAAAGAAGCAAUCGCCGUCGUCGAAGGCAGAGGAUUAAGGAGGGGUCGACGAGAAGAAGAAAAUGGAAAACUCCAACAUUUUGUAAGGCAAAGAAGCAGCACUCCGAUUCGUCUCCGAUCGAGUCACUAACCGAUGACCUCCUCGUUGAAAUCGUAGCAGCACAUGUACCUAGGCGUGACUAUAAAAGAGUCUCCCUCCUUUCAAAGCGCUUCCGGUCACUCAUUAAAUCGCCUAGGUUGUACAAGAAAAGGUCUACCUUGGAUUGCGCUGAUCACUAUCUCACUGUUGUUCUCUACAACAGGGACAACGGUGAUGAGCGUUUGUAUACUAUUCUACCGAAAGCCAACCGCAAUGGCCUACGCUUGGUUCUUUUCCCUCGCAUUCCCUCUAUGCCUCGCGGUGGAAGCUUUGUCGCGGUUGGUUGGAGGAUUUACGUGUUUGGUGGGAUCAACUAUGAUGACAUCGAGUGCUUUCAGUAUCGACUUUAUAUCCAACACUCGGCAAACACUCCCGAGCAUGCCUUUCCCCAUGUCUGACACAGCUGCUGAAUUCAUUGACGGGAGAAUUUACGUCGUUGGGAAUCGUUGCGGUGUUGAUUCAAAGGUGGUGGUGGUGUUCGAUACCGAAACACAGACGUGGGAGCCUGAGAUGAAGAAGCCAGAGAUGGGGAUGUAUGGUUGUGUGGUGGCCAUGGGUGGUAAGAUUUACAUGAGGGAUAUUAACAAGAGCUUUGUUUAUGAGCCAAAGGAAAACAAAUGGGAAACGGAAGAGGUACUGAGUUCCAAGGAGUGGGAGAACGCGUGUGUCUUUGAUGAUGUUUUGUACUAUCGCGAUUAUUGGAAGAACAAGUUAAGAUGGUUUGACCCAAAGCAGAGGUGUUGGGGAGUGGUGAAAGGCGUGGAUAAAUUGUUGGCUGAAACGAGACGGGUUGGUUGGUCGCAGACUGUUAGCUAUGGUGGGAAACUGGUUUUGUUGUUUCCUAAAGGAAAAUUUUCGGGGAUAACGAGGGAGAUUUGCUGUGCAGAGAUUUCGCUGGAAAGACCCGAUGGAGGUCUGAUUUGGGGUCAUGUUGAUCAGUCAUAUGAUCUCCGUUUGACUGCGGGUGGUAAUUUUCACAUUACCAAAGCUCUUGCUGUUGCGGUUUGAUUGAGUAACCCUCUCCCUCCAUUUAUCCCCGUUGUGGUUUGAAGUUGCUGCUGCUGUUUGUGUUGUUCUAUUUUGUAUUUUCCUGUAUUUCUCAACCUUUCCUGCUUUGAAUCUUCAAUAAUACAGUGUGUGGAAUUUCUUGUAAAAUAAAUUACUGCUUUGAAUUUUGCAAUAAUACAGUGUGUGGAAUUACAAUUCUUGCUUUAUUAGUUUAUAAGGAUGUAGACUGAAAACCUCUAAUCAAGGCGGCGUUUCAUCUUCUU